CCGAGCCCGUCCUCCCAGACAACAGGUGCUGCUAAGUGUCGAAAACCAAUCCUCAUCCCCUGUGCAUCCGCUCAAUCAGUCCACGCGAGCGUCGUUACAUCAGUUAAAAUGUCUACUAGACGGUCACAAUUCCACCAGCAGGUCCUCGUCGACACGACACCGCUUCCUGAGGAUAUCCCUGCCGUCAAGGAGAUUGGCGCCAGUUCUGCUCCCCUUCUUUCCGCUUCCUUCUUCAUCGGCGCCCGAUGCCGCGACUACAACGAUGAUUACAUGCAAUGCAAGACCGAAAAGGCUGGCACCGGUGAGGUGGACUGCAUGAAGGAGGGUCGCCGAGUCACGCGCUGUGCUUCUAGCGUUAUCCAGGAUAUCAACACCCACUGCUUGACUGAGUUCCGUGACCACUGGCAGUGCCUCAAUGCUCGCAACCACCAGCUGUGGCAAUGCCGUCCUUUGGAAUGGAGACUCAACAAAUGUGUCUAUGAUAACUUGAAACUCGAGAAGAAGGUCCCUGAUCAGCCACCAAAUGUUGUUCCUGUUGAGCUUCGCACCAAGCAGAUCUUUGCUGACAACCGCAUCCGCCCUGCUGACGGAAAGCCUUUCUCUGCUGGUGAGGCCAAGCAAUAAAUAAGGUGUAGAUUUAGGGCUAUGUCGUAUGUAAUGGGGCUAGAUAAAGUUUGGGGUUGUUGUAUUGUCGUGGGAAACGAACAUUGUACAUCUUAGGUUCACAAUGCAAUAUCAUCUUGUUACCAUCCGUACUUGUUACUGUUGCGCCCGCACACCAUGAUAGAGGGUAUGACUACAUAUAUAGGACCAUUUUGGCGUCUUUAGUGACUUGAUAUCGGCACCGUUGGGCUUGCAGAUGCAGCAAUAUUGAGUACUGGUAACCAACACUACCCUAUAUGAGGCAACUAGUCAACCAUUUCGC